AGUGCCUAGGGUUCCUUUCUUCUCAUUCCCAUAUAAAGGCUCUCUCUUUGCCCCCUCUCUUUUAGGUCUACCAGUUUUCAUUCGUUGUGUUUUUUGAUCGUUUACUCUCACUAGUUUACAAGAGUUUUAGCAGAUUGACCUGCAAUUUGCAGUUAGCAAAAGUGGAGUGUGUCACGAUAGUAGCUUCUUUUAUGUCUGAACGGGCUCUCUUUUUAACAUUGAUUGGAUUGCUUGGAGAGUAUUGCCCUACGUUCAGAAAAAAAGUUGCAGAUUUUUCAGAUUUCUGCAUGCACCUUGAGCUGUUUGAGAAGUCGAGUUCUCAAAAUUAUUGGCAGCCCUUUUCGAUUCCAGGAAUUUCAUUUGAAAGAGAACACUAGUGUCUGCAUUCUGAUAAAUUAAAAAAGUUGUCAACAAAGAUGGCUCUACAAAACAUUGGUGCUGGAAACAAGGAUGAUGCCUUCUAUCGGUAUAAAAUGCCAAGGAUGAUAACUAAGAUUGAGGGCAGAGGAAAUGGCAUCAAGACUAACAUUGUCAAUAUGGUUGAUAUUGCAAAGGCCCUUAGUAGACCUGCUUCUUAUACCACAAAGUAUUUUGGGUGUGAGCUUGGAGCCCAAUCCAAAUUCGAGGAGAAGACGGGAACCUCUCAUGUGAAUGGUGCUCAUGAAACUUCCAAGCUUGCAGGUCUUCUAGAGAAUUUCAUAAAGAAAUAUGUCCAGUGUUAUGGGUGUGGGAAUCCCGAGACUGAGAUAAUAAUCACAAAGACACAGAUGAUCACUCUGAAAUGUGCUGCUUGUGGGUUUCUUUCUGAUGUUGAUAUGAGGGACAAACUUAACACAUUCAUCUUAAAGAAUCCUCCUGAGCAGAAAAAGGGAAGUGGUAAGGACAAGAAGGCGAUGAGGAGAGCUGAGAAGGAACGUCUCAAGGAAGGUGAAGCAGCUGAUGAAGAGCUAAAGAAACUGAAGAAAGACGCAACGAAAAAGAAAGGUUUGGUCAAAACCUCUCCUCAAGGCAUCCAAGGAGAUGAAACCGAGGCUUCUGCUUCUGCAGUGGUAGAAGAUGAGGAUGAUAACGAUGAUGAAGGUGAUGACGUGGAAUGGCAGACCGACACUUCGGCGGAGGCUGCUCGUCAAAGAAUUCAAGAACAGCUCAGUGCUGUUACUGCCGGCAUGGUUAUGAUUUCAACCAAUGAAGAGAAGCCAAAAUCAGCAGCUAAUGGUAGGAAGCUGGUGAGUUCAAUUAAUGAAUAUCUUAAGAAAGAUUCAACUGCAACUCAGUUUAAAUCAUUUGUUGAAUCAUUACCCGAUAAGCCUAAGGAUAUAAUGGAUGCCCUUUUUGAAUCUCUGUUUGGUGGAGUGGGGAAAGGGUCUCUCUCGAAAGAGGUUGUUAAGAAGAAGAACUAUCUUGCAGCUGUGUGUGGUCUUGUUGAUGAAGAAGAGGAAGGAUCUCAGCAGAUGCUCCUCCUUGAAGCCAUUGAAACCUUUUGUGGAAAGACAAGUAGGGAUGCUGUGAAAGAGGUGGCUCUUGUACUUAAGGCGCUUUAUGAUAUUGACGUGUUGGAGGAAGAAUAUGUUGUGAAGUGGUAUGAGAAGGGCAUAGCUGGAAGCAACAAAGGUGCUCAAAUUUGGAAGAAUGUUAAGCCCUUUGUUGAGUGGCUCCAAAGCGCUGAAUCCGAAAGUGAAGAAGAAUGAAUUUUUAUAGGAAUCGAGGUUUUGUGGGACAUACUUUGAAACAAGCACACUAUUUCCAAUUGGAGUCUUUUCAUUUUUUUGUUGUGGGGUUGAGGGGGUGAAGUAAGAACUACAUUUAUAAGCGGUCUAUUAAUUUCAUGAUUUCUGCAUUGGUUUU